CAUUUUCCUUCGUUUUUUUGGUCAUUGACUCAUUGCAAACGUUGAUCUGUCAUUGCAAACGUUGUCGUUAGUUAAAAGAUUUCUUUGUGGAAAUCUGAAUCGUUUGUUGAUUUAACAGCAGAUGUGCUGUUACUUUUACUCCAGCGUCAGCCUACAACAAAUACUGAACAUUCUUUCGAAGUUCCAAACAAACACACGAUGCCUCCCCUUACAUAUCGCUCCACCUCCGUUCUCUCAGCCCUCAAAACAAAGUCCUUCACUUUCACCACCACCGCCUGCAAAUCCCAAAACCCCAUGACCACACCCUCAGAUAUCUCCACAAUCUACGCCCCAACAACCCUCAAAUCCCGUCUCCACAAUCGCGAGACCCUCUACGGCCUCUUUCUCCUCAGUUUCUCUCCCACAUUGGCCGAGAUCGCCGGCCUCGCCGGCUACGACUACGUCGUUGUCGACAUGGAGCACGGCCCCGGUGGCGUCUCCAACGCGCUCUCCUGCAUUCACGCGCUCGCUGCCACGCGCACCCCCGCGAUCCUCCGGCUGCCCGAGAACUGCCCCACUUGGGCGAAGAAGGCCCUGGAUCUUGGCCCACAGGGGAUCAUGUUCCCCAUGAUCCAAACCCAAAAGGCAGCCGAGGAGGCCGUCUCGUACUGUCGCUUCCCGCCCAAUGGGGUCCGCGGCUCGGCCAACACGGUCGUGAGGGCCUCGAGUUACGGCAUCGACGAAGGGUAUUUGGGUAAUUACGAGGACAAGUUGCUGAUCAUGUGCCAGGUGGAGUCGGAGGAGGGGGUCGAGAACGCGGAAGAGAUCGCCGCCGUUGAUGGGGUGGACUGCGUUCAAAUAGGGCCGCGUGAUCUGAGUUUCAGCAUGGGGUACAUGGGGGACAUGGGGAACAACAAGUUGAGGGAGACGAUGAGGGUCGCCGAGAAGGCCGUGCUGGGUGGUGGUGGGACAUACUUGGCCGGGAUCGCGUCGCCGUUCGAUCGGCCUGAUGAUCUGAGGAGACGUGGGUAUCACAUGGUGGCUGGUGGCGUGGAUGUGGGGCUGUUCAGGAGCGCGACCGUGGAGGAUGUGAAGAGGUUUAAGAUGGGUUUGAUGGAAGCCAGGCUCUGAUGAUGCUGAUGAUAAAUAAUGGAGUGAUUG